GUCUUCGACUAGAGUGCCGUUUUCGAAUUUUUCCACGAGUAAACAACGUGUUGACUUUUGGUGUGAAGUGUUCCCGUUCGCCACUUGUCCUCCUUUCACGGUUGCACAUUGCUGAAUGAAAACCUCCACCGGGGCUCCAAUUCGAACCGAAUCGUAGAAAAGAAGAAGCCGGCAUGUGGAGAUGACGCGACAAUCACAUGAUGAAGAGCCUGGUCGGGAUCAUGUGGAUCGUGCUAGUGCUCGUGUCAGGAUGUUCCGGUAAUCCAGACGCCAAACGACUUUACGAUGAUCUCCUGUCAAACUAUAAUAAAUUGGUGCGUCCCGUCAUCAACGUUACAGAUGCCCUCACAGUUAAGAUUAAGCUCAAAUUAUCCCAACUUAUCGAUGUUAAUCUCAAGAACCAAAUCAUGACAACGAAUUUAUGGGUCGAGCAGUCCUGGUACGACUACAAGCUCAAAUGGGACCCGAAGGAAUAUGGCGGAGUCGAGAUGUUACAUGUCCCCUCAGAUCACAUAUGGAGGCCAGAUAUCGUCCUUUACAACAACGCCGACGGUAACUUUGAGGUAACUCUGGCUACGAAGGCGACACUCAACUUCACUGGCCGCGUGGAAUGGAAGCCGCCGGCAAUUUAUAAGUCAUCGUGCGAGAUCGACGUGGAAUAUUUCCCGUUUGACGAGCAAACUUGUGUAAUGAAGUUCGGAUCAUGGACUUACGAUGGAUUUCAGGUGGACCUCCGGCAUUUAGACGAAAUAAAGGGUGCAAACACUGUGGAGAUCGGCAUCGAUUUGACCGAGUUCUACACUUCUGUGGAAUGGGAUAUCCUAGAAGUUCCUGCUAUCAGGAAUGAAAAGUUCUACACGUGCUGUGAUGAACCGUACCUCGACAUAACGUUUAACAUAACGAUGAGGCGAAAAACGUUAUUUUACACAGUAAAUCUCAUCAUCCCCUGCAUGGGAAUUUCCUUCCUUACCGUACUUGUGUUCUACCUGCCCUCUGACAGUGGAGAGAAAGUGAGUUUAUCAAUCUCCAUCCUACUGUCGCUCACUGUGUUCUUCCUCUUGCUGGCAGAGAUCAUUCCACCAACAUCCUUGGUGGUGCCUCUCUUAGGCAAGUUUGUAUUGUUCACGAUGAUUCUAGAUACAUUUAGUAUAUGUGUAACAGUUGUGGUGCUAAAUGUACACUUCCGUUCACCCCAAACCCACGUAAUGGCCCCGUGGGUAAGACGCGUUUUUAUCCAUAUACUUCCAAGAUUGCUGGUUAUGAGGAGGCCACAUUACCAGUUGGAUAGAAGAAGCAUGAGUUCUAGUCAUAGGGUUAUGGUAAGGACGUGUAAUGGUCUAGAACUGCGAGAUCCAGGAAUUUAUUCCGAUGCAGGCGAUAUUCCUGAGGACCCAUCUGGAUUAUUUCCUAGUGCCAGCUCACGUGAUGAACUCACUCCUAGAGAAUUAGAAGCUGGAGCAUUAAGUGCUUGCCGUAUUCAUGGCACAACUCCACCUCCUGGUUUGAUCCAUCACUUGGUCGAAGAUUUGGGUAAUGAAUUAGGUGUAGGACCUUUGGAAGAAGCGCUGUGUAGAGGCGAUCACCCAUGGCAUCAUUGCCCUGAAGUUCAUAAAGCCAUAGACGGUGUUAGAUUUAUAGCGGACCAUACAAGGAGAGAAGAAGAUUCUACAAGGGUAAAAGAAGAUUGGAAAUAUGUGGCCAUGGUCCUAGAUCGAUUGUUCUUGUGGAUUUUCACCUUGGCAGUAUUGGUUGGAACUGCGGGCAUAAUUCUUCAAGCUCCCACCCUUUACGAUGACCGGCGUCCAAUUGAUGUUCGUCUUUCCGAAAUUGCUUCCACUACAGCUAAACCGCAUAUAGCUUCAUCUUUGUAAUAAAUCGGACCGUACAUUUAGAUAUUGUAACGAAAUAGAAUUUUAAUUAUAAAUAUGUUAUCAUUUAAAUUAAUUGCACAUGAAUUUUAAAUUGUCAGUCCGACAAUUUGUAUCAUAAACGGAAAGAAUUUAAAAUAUGUAGGAUUGCAUAUUAAAAACAGUUAACGAAAAACAAUACAGUAUGCCUACAAAUUUUACUACUCUACGAAUUUUUAUGAAAAUAUAUUCGCUCAAAAUAAUGAAGUAAACUUCAUAUUACAUAUUACUAGUUAUUUCAUACGUAAUAAUUACAAAAUAUAUUUGCAUUUGUAAGUAUUUAAUAAAUUGGAAAAUAUGACAUCGCAAAAAUAAAUAAAUGGAUAAUAUUAAUUUUAUAAACAUCUUCAAAGUUGAUGCAGAGUUCUUAUAUAUCUUUAAUUUGUGAUAACAGAAAUAAAUUCUGUUGACUAGUAAAUAUAGAAGCGUGUCUAGUCGUCAUAAAAAGGAAUUGAAUACUUAUUAAAGGUAAAACUAAGCAAAAAUUAUUGUAACGUAGUAAUAGUAUCCUGUGUAUUCCAUUAACAUACCGCUGCCAAUUGUAUUAGUAUGCAAAUUUUACGUUUUUAUACAUAUUGCUGCAAAGGGGAAUUGUUGGAAAACUUCUUUAAUCGAAUGGUUGUACAGGAUAUUAUAUUCUUAAGUCUAACUUAAAAUCUUAAAUUGUUCAAUAUUUAAAAAUGAAUACAUUUGCAAGUUAGACUUGGGACUUACUUACAAUAUUAUAUAAAUACAAAUAAUUGCUCAUCCCACUAUAGGAUAUAGGGAUUUUCAUUAAGUUUGCAUAGUAAUUCUCUUAGAUCAUAAAUGGUUAACAUAAAUUUAUAAGAUAAAGAUAUUAAAAUGUAAAAUCCCUUUAUUCAACAUCAUGGGUAUAAAAUAAAUUUCUCGAUUCUCAGAGUAAAAAAAUCAUUUAAAUCCAUACAUAUCUCAUAUUUAUUCCGAAUAUUUGUCACAACAUAUUUCCGAAAAUAUUAAAAAUUAUUAAAGCGAGAAAUUGAUUUCUUUCAUGGUGUUACUUUAGUGAUAGUGGUAAAAGUCAACUAUAAUGACCAAAACGUUUUAAAAUAAAUUUAUAUUUUAUUAAAAAUAAUAUUUUUCUGUUAACACAAAAAUGCAUAAAAUCUAUAUGAAAAUAAAUUUAUUUUAAAUUAAAGAUAUGACUACAUACUAUAUAUAAUAAGUGUUAAAAGUAAGAUAGAUUUUAUCUAGGUGAAAUUUUGCACAUAUUUAUUUAACAUAGAUAAAUAUUUACAACAUGUUUAACGGAUGUAUUAUUUGUUAUUUUGUUACUGUUGUAUGUAAGAACAUAUCUAAAGUAAUAUAGCAUGAACUCAGUUUCGUUAGAAAGGAACUGAUUUGAUGUAAUUUUAGUUGUUACAGUAAAUACAUAUGGUACACAUUUUUAAGAUGUGCUCAGAUAAACACUAAUUUUAUCCUUAAAGAUUUUUAUUAGUAUUUUGCCAUAUGUUUUUACUUAUAAAAUUUAGAAAAUGCACAUUGUUAAAAAUUUAGUUAUAAAUAAGAUGAACUAAAUAAUAAUAAAGCUGCCGAAUAAUAUAAUUGAUAAUGCAUCGGUAUAAAAAUAAAAUAUAAAUAAUUUCUAUAUAUCCUGUAACUAAGAACUUUAUUAAUAAAACGAUUUUUAUAAAAAUAUACUUAUUUCAAUAACUUUUUGAUAACCUCAAUUUUCUAAUAAAAUUUUCUGUCUCUCUCAUAACUGGCAUCAACCAUUAAUAUGAUGUUAUAUGUGUGUUAAUUUAAACAGUGUAUAUUAUAACAUAGCUGAUACAAUAAAUAUUAUUACAUGGGUUGUUAUUCAAUUUUUUUUGAAGUUCUAUUAAAUAUAACACUAAAAUCGCAAACACUAACUCUAAAUAACACGUAAUUCCACCAAAAAAAAUCCACUCAACUCUCUAUUUAACCUUUCUUACCGCAUUUUAUUUAUACAGGGUGAUUCACCUAAUUUAAUCAUUAUAAG